AAAUGUAUUGCAGAUUGUAAAUGUAUGCUGUUUAUAAAUGUAUUUAACUAAUAAACACUGUGUCCAUUGCAUACUUAAUGAUACUUAUCUAAUCCUGACCAAGGUUAAAAUGGACCCAAAACAAACCUCCCAUGUGAAAACAAAACCAAACCCUGGGGAAAGACCUUUCAGCAUUGAGCCAAAAACUCAUGUGAGGGACCAAUGGGCCACAAAGAUGGAGUUCAUCCUGGCGGUGGCUGGACAUAUUGUGGGUCUUGGAAACGUUUGGAGAUUUCCCUACCUUUGCUACAAAAAUGGAGGAGGCGUUUUCUUCAUUCCUUAUGUUUUAUUUCUAUUCACCUGUGGCAUCCCACUCUUCUUCCUUGAGACAUCUUUGGGUCAAUUCACCAGCCAGGGUGGAAUAACAUGUUGGAGGAAUAUGUGUCCUCUUUUUGAAGGCCUGGGUUAUGGAAGCCAAGUUGUUGUUUUGUACACUGGGGUGUAUUACAUCGUCAUUCUGGCAUGGACUUUUCUCUACCUGUUUUCGUCCUUCAGAACUGAGCUUCCAUGGGUGAGCUGCAAUAACAGUUGGAAUACAGUCGCUUGUUUUGAACAUGGUCACAAUGACACAUCCUCUUUCCACCUGUACGCCAACACGACAUCUUCAGUCGUUCAGUUUUGGGAGAGGAGAAUAUUGGGGCUGUCCAAUGGAAUUGAUAACAUCGGAAGUGUUCGUUGGGAUCUGGCUCUUUGUCUGCUCCUUGCUUGGGUGUUGUGUUAUUUCUGCAUCUGGAAUGGAGUUAAAUCAACAGGAAAGGUGGUGUAUUUCACAGCUACAUUUCCGUACGUGAUGCUGGCAGUGUUGCUUGUCCGUGGACUGACAUUACCAGGAGCAAAAGACGGCAUUCUUUUCUACCUCUACCCUGACCCGUCCCGCCUCGCUGACCCAGAGGUAUGGAUGGAUGCAGGCAGCCAAAUUUUCUACUCCUAUGGGGUUUGCACAGGUGUUCUGACAUCUUUGGGAAGUUACAACAAAUACAACAACAACUGUUACAGGGAUUGUAUUUACCUAUGCCUGCUGAACAGUUUAACCAGCUUUGUAGCCGGCUUUGCCAUUUUCUCUGUGCUCGGUUUUAUGGCAAAAGAGCAGAAUGUGGAAAUUUCCAUGGUGGCUGAAUCAGGCCCAGGCUUGGCAUUCAUUGCUUAUCCUCGUGCUGUGGCUUUAAUGCCUCUGCCUCAGCUUUGGGCAAUAUUUUUCUUUUUUAUGAUCAUCUUCUUGGGAUUAGAUAGUCAGUUUGUAUAUCAGGAGUCCUUGGUUACAACCAUCUCCGACAUGUAUCCAUCCUUCUUUCAAAAAACCCUUCUACGUAGAUUGCUUCUUCUCACAAUUUGUGCUGGAGGUUUCCUGGUUGGUCUUGUGAUGGUAACGGAGGGAGGCCUUUAUGUUUUCCAGCUGUUUGACUACUAUGCUUGCAGCGGGAUGACACUUCUAUUUUUUGCUCUUCUUCAGUCUAUCUGUAUUGGAUGGGUUUAUGGUGCAGAUCGUCACUAUGAUAAUGUGAAAGACAUGAUUGGUUAUCGUCCCUGGCCUUUCAUGAAAUACUGCUGGAGGUACAUCACACCAGCUAUCUGUACCUUCACAUUUCUGUUCUCUGUGAUCAAACAUAAACCUUUGAAAUUCAACAACACGUAUGAAUAUCCAUGGUGGGGAUACGCCUUGGGACUAUUCUUCACUCUCUCUUCGACAUUGCUUGUUCCGCUGUGGAUGGUGUAUGCUGUGAGCAUCACUCCAGGAACACUAAAACAGAGGCUAAAACAUCUCUGCACUCCAGCAAAGAAUGUACCAGCUGGCACAAUAAAGAAAGCAUCAAACCCUGAAGCAUUUCAGUCAUUCACAGACUUGUCCACACUGCGUCCAGCCAAUCAUCCACAGGAAACAGAAAACGCAGUUCUGAGGUCAUCCGUAGUUUAAUUAACCAUGUCUGUCUGUUUGUCUGUCUAGUGAAAAUUAUAUAGAUUCUUGGCAGAUUUAGAUUUAAAAGAGUAUCAGUUUUGAAUAAUAGUAAUUUAUCACUCUUUAUUUCUGUUCGAUUAAAAGGUGGCAUGUUAAAAAAAUAUAUAUUUUUUUAAUAAUCAGUGGAAAUUUUCUGGCAUUACUGUGCCUAUUCUUACAUUGCUCAUCAGUUAUAAGCAUGCUGGUGAUGAGCUUCAAGUAUAUUACUUAGGAAUGCCUCCUUGUGAACAUCCUAAUCCGUGGCUGUCCAACUCUACUCCUUGAGUGCUAAAAAGUUACAUUUGAGUUGAAAAAUUAGGUAAUUAGCAUGAACCCAGUGGAACUUGAUGGGAUGGUGAGGAGAUAAAUUGGACCUGUAACAAAUUUAAAAGUUGUAGGACUUUGGUUCUGGAAGAGUGGAGUUUGUCACCUCUGGUGGGAUCUUUAGCUAUCUCCACAGAUUCUCCAUCAAAUUCUAGCUGGGCUGCUCCAAAACUUACGGUCAGAACAAAUAUAUUGAUAAAAUGCGAAUUUUAGUUUAAAUCUAAAUCUGCCAAAUAUAAGAAUCAUUUGGGACUAGAUCUAUUUACAAAUCCGAAGAUGAAAUGUGACAUUAUGGUUUUUGCUGUAAUAAUAGCUAAGUUUAAGUUCCUUGUAAACAAAUGGAUCAAAGGUUAAAACUAAUCCUACCUUAUAGAAAGAUAGCAAACCCCUGGAGCGACAUAGUCUUUUUGAAAUACUCAUUAGUCAAUCACUUGAUUGGGUCUGAAAGUUGAAAUUGAGAAAAUAUUUCAAGGCAAGGGACAGCAAAAUAAAAAUAUCUUUUUUAUAAGAGUUAAUAGCAUGUGUAAAGAUUUACUGGAGCAUGCUUAAAUAAAAAUGUCAAAACUAUGUUAAAAAGAAUAACUUUAUUAAAGAAUAGCACUGUAUUCUGUUAGGAUACAGAGGUUUUAUUCAAGAAUUACUCUGACUCCCUGUAAAGUUGAUGUGUCAGGAAAGAAAAUAAAAAAUAUAUAUCAAUUGGAAGAAAAUAAAAUCAACUUAAAGUAUUCUUUUUAAUUUCAUUUCAAAUAUAUAUUAUGAAGCAAUGAAAUACUUUUCCAAGUCAUACUUAAAUAUAAAAGGACAAAUGUUCAACCCAGGUUAAAUAUCCUCCAGCACUUUACUAAACACCAAACACCAGUGGUGGUUGUUGUGUGUCUUGUCUCUAUGCUGCUGUAACUGCGAAAUAAUUUCCCUGCUGGGAUGAAUAAAGUAAUUCUAUUUCAUUCUAUUCUAUAAGCUUGCUGCAGCAAACCAGCUCUCCACUGACACUUGAAACUGUGAAAAAACUGGCCUGUAGUCUAUUCACAGCUUUAGUCACAGACAGAUUAGAGGGUAACGUGAAACAAAACCGUUCAGCCAACUUACACUGUCAUGUCAUGUUGCACCAGGUGCAGCUGGUGCAACAUGAAACCUUUUAAGGAGAUCCAGACUGAGAACCAGUUACUAAAACAACACGUUCAGUCCAGAUACUAAAUACUGUGGCUAUGAAAUUAUGCCACAGUAUUGACAUAAUUUCAAUACCUACGUACACAGCACACUAUCUUUAUCUGUAUUUAAUUUAUUCCACUGCCAAUGUGGUAAAAAAACAACACAGUUAUUAAUCCAGAAGAAAAAGAAAUACAUUACAUGCAAAUAUAUAUAGAUUUUUUACAAAGUUAUUUGAUGAGUUUUUUGUGUGAGAUACUGAGGGGGAAAUUGAGCUAAAAGGACUAACGUAGUAUACCUUUUUGGGUGGUUACUCCUUUUUAAGUUGUUGUUCUUGGUCACCAUACCAUAAAAAGACACUUCUCUUAAGCAUAGUAGAGCUUUGCUUACGAAAUCAUAUAACUAUUUUGAAUAAAAUCUGAAACACAGAAAUCCAGAAAUGUGUCCGUUCAAAUGAAAUAAAGCAAAACUGCCCUAUUUAAUGCUUAAUAGUUCUUUAAUUACAAACUACUGCUCAGCUCAACUGGGUAGUUUCUUCUUUCCAUAAUUGAGCUACAUAAUGACUCAUUCCUCAUUUCAUUGUUUUCAGUUUGUUUUCAGAUUGCUUCUCUUUCAUUUUUGUAACUGCAAACUUUUGGUUUCAAGUCAACAUUUCAAAAACCCUUUUUUAUACCUUGCUUGUCUCAUUUUCUUAUCCUAUACUUCAAAAUGUCUAUGAGGGUAUCAUAUUUAAUUUCAUUUCAGAAUAUAUUAUGUUGGGUUUGAAUGGAGCAUUAAAAAACUUUUUGGUUAAAGGUUAGACAUAAAUUAUAUUUUAAUAAAUCCAUCAUGCUAUAUAAUUACUUCUUUCUGCCUUCUUUGUCUCUAAACCUGAAUGAAUCAGUCUUGCCAGAUACCCGAAUGCACCAGAUUAAUAUGUUCAAACAAUUACACGCAAUCUAAUAACACGAGAAUGUAUUGUUUUGAAAGGCUUUGUUGGUCCAGAGAUGGAUGAGUUUUGGGGGUAAAUGUACGCAUCAAAGAUAGAACAAAAGCAAAAGACAUGAAGAUGCUGGAUGAAGCUGCUGAGAGAAUUCAUCAUUAUAGUCAACAAGAGCUGAGAAGUCACUCAGAGAGGAAGAAGCCAUUACUUCAAGAGGGAUAUAAAAAGAAAGAUUACAGUUAGCACAUGUACAUAAGAACAAAGUUUAGCUUUUGGAGACAUUCCUGUGCUAAUAAAACUCAAACUGUUACUGUUUUUGUGUAUAUUUGGUUUUAAAAAAAGGGGGACGUUUACAAACCCUAGGAGGCCAUAUCAAAUGUGAAGUAUGGAGGUGGAGACAUUAUGCUGAUAGCAAAUAUAUCAGAUUUUAUAUAGACAGACAUACAUAAAUAGUUUUUUUAAUGUGCUUAUUGGACAAAAGGCGGUGCUAAAUUUAAAUGUUUUCAAAGAAACAGUCCCCCUCAUAAAUAAAAAAGACAAUUAUGUCUCCCAUCUAUUGAAAUAAAGUUUCAUAGAGUUUAGGUGAAGAUAUCCUAUUAACACAGAACUGUGUGCCUCACAUCAUACACAAGACAAUAAAAACAUAUAGAGCAAUACCCCGAAACAUUAGGGAUGUCUUGAGCUACUUCCAUCACACAAAAAAAUGAUACUCUAAAUCUGUGGGCAUCUUUAACGGUUUGUGUCUGAUUUUCUAGAAGACUUCACAUAAUAAAUAACUUUUAUUUUUUACUAUAUGUAAAUAGAUAGGGCUUAAUUGAUUGAGAAUUAAAUGAUUACAUUUCUUUGACCGUUAUUGAAAAAUGUGUUGAAAAAAAUUUCCCAUUGUGGGGUUAUAGAGGGUUUUUCUAUUAUAUUUCUAUUCUAGAAAUCUUGAGUGAGUUAAAGUUUGCCUCUAGAGGGCGCUUCAGCCACAAUGGAAAACAUUUUAAGAGAUCUUUCUUUAAUGCUAUAAUAAAAUAAUCCUUGAGUUUUUGCACACAAAGAAAUUUUGUGGUGGUAAAAAUCAGUCCCCUUACUUGUCAGGUUUAUCUUCAAAAUAUGCAAUAGGAAUCCAGGCAUGGUAACAGCACUCAGCUUUUUUACCUGCUCACAGUACAUCCAUAUAUGGUAAAAGAUAUAACAGAGGAAUAGGAAAGGUGUGGAGGAGAGAGGGUGGCAUUAGGGAGUAAUCCUAGCUGCACGACUGUCAAAGCCACUGUGAAGGCUGAGAUUAAACAGGACUGAUCACGUCAUCAGUCAGUCUAUGGCAGCAGGGCCUGAGAGACUUCUCUCACAUCAAUGUUCUUCCCAUCAAACAACAAGUGGAUUGUUUGAUGGUGGCUGACUUUAAAUUGAAUAUUUAAAAGUCACUGCAUAGGACUGAUUUACAUGUAUGUCUAAAUUAGUCCUAAUACAGCUUGUGACUGAAAUAGUUUGGGUUUCUUAUGAGUUGGUUUGGUUUCUCUUUCACUUCGUUUAGUUCACCAUGUUAAACUUUCUGCAGACCCAAAACAACCUGACUUAUCGUCUGGAUGGUGGAUCCGUUUUCUGGGAAUCCAUAGAAAAAGUUUUUUCUCUUUAUGUUUUCUGUGGUUUUCACAAAAAAAUGCGAUUACUAAUUAAGAUUUAUUUCAAGAAUGGUGUCCUGCCAUUGUUAAGUUACACAAGACAAACCAAUUCAUUUGAAAAUUAAUUGCAGCAACAUCUACAAAGAUUUAUUUAGAGAAUUUUUUUUUGUGUGAUUAUGUGUUUAACAUAUUAAAAUCAAAACUGUUGAUGUGGUGACAUAGACUUUUAUCUCAUUUUGUGCCCGCUAACGUUUUUCGGAUCUGAUCACAGAAAACCUGCCAUGUUAUGCAUGUAAUGUGUGCUAUUUAUUCUUUAAAGUUGUAUCUGUUAUUGGUUUUCUGGUUUUCUGUUAUUGGUUAACAUUUUUCUCAUUAACAUAUAUUUUUUCCAACUGAA